AUGGGAAAUUCUAGCUCGAAUUUCGCUUGUGGCCUCACUUUCAAGGGAACCAUCGGAGAAUUUCCCGACUUUGAUGCCGAAACUGAAGCUAAGGCGAUUCACAAAGCAUUCCAUAAGCGCAUUGGAAUCAACGAGGAGAAAAUCAUCGCUAUCGUGACGAAACUCAAUAAUGCUCAGCGCCAGGAGCUUGCCGACAUAUACAAAGGAUGUUAUGGCGAGGAUUUGAUCAAACGAAUGGACAAAAUUCGACGAGAUGAUCUUCGCCGUAGUUUAAAAGCUUUGAUGCGGCCACCAGCAGAGUACGCCGCUCGAGAGCUCAGAAAAGCGAUGAAAGGACUUGGGACGGACGAAGAAGCACUUAUUGAAAUCAUCUGCACGAAAUCGAAUGAGCAGCUCGAAGAAAUCAAGGAAACCUACUCAGAAGUUUUUGGUCGAGAUCUUGAGUCCGACAUUGAGUCGGACACUCGUGGAGACUUCAAACGACUUCUUGUGGCUGUUCUCAUGGCGCAAAGAGAAGAAUCAGAUGAAGUUGACGAAGAUGCCGCGCAAGCAGACGCCCAGGAACUCUACGAGGCUGGCGAAGACCGAUGGGGAACUGAUGAGUCUGUUUUUACCCUCAUUUUUGCUCGACGAUCUCUUCUUCAAUUGCGGGCGAUUAUUGCCGCGUAUGAAGAAAUCGCUGGCAAUAGUCUCGAAUCCGCUAUUGAGUCUGAAUGCUCGCGCGACUUGAGAAAGGGGUACAAAGCAAUCGUGCGACUUGCAGCUCACCCUGCUUAUUACUACGCCCGGACCAUUCAAAAAGCGUUGAAGGGCGUAGGAACGGACGAGGAAACAAUGAUUAGGCACAUUGUCAACACUUCAGAGACUUGCUUGGAGCAAGUGAAUGAGACAUUCCUCGAAGAAGCUGGCUACACUUUAAUCAAAGCCAUCAAAAAAGGAUUCCGAGGUGACGCGAAGGAAUUGCUCAAAGCCGUCGUCCGUGGGAAUGGAUGUGCAGAGGAAUGGACGCCCGAAAUGGAAGAUGCUGAAGAUGAAGAAGAUGAGGAGGAAGAAGAAGAGGAAGCACCAGAAGUUGAUGACGGAGCCAGUAUUCAGGACAAAAUGAAGGCAGGCGUUACAUUAGAAAAUGUGUACAUCAUGUCUGAACUUUCUGGACAUGUGUUGACCAUUCCUGGGGGCGAAGAAGAUGGAGCGGUAGUGCAAGAUGAAUGGCUUGAAGAAGAGAGCCAGCUAUGGAACAUUUCGUACGAUCCAUCGACAAAACUUGCACUCAUCGCUUCUGUGGCAAAUCCAGAUUGUGUCCUUGAUGUUGAAGGAGACGCUGGGCCAGAUAACCUCUUCUUGAAAGCGUUUGAGGAAGACAAAGUAAGCCAGCUAUGGAGAUACAAAUCGAACUAUCUUUUUAAUCAAGGAAAUGUACUUGACAUUCCCUACGCAUCCGAAGAUAUUGGCGUCCACAUCGGUACUUAUCCUCGCCACGGUGGCGAUAACCAAAAAUGGCACAUCUUGCAGCAUGAAUAG